CAUAGAUACCUUAUAUACAAAAUGGUUGAAAGUUAAUCGAAACGGCAUUUUUCUCGUCGAUAUUCGUAAAUAAUUAUAAUGGAUGAUGACGAACCGAGACAUAAGUUUCCGGUUGAACAGCUUAAUGUUGGAAUAGUCAAAUAUUUAGAAAAGAAGAGAGGAAUAUGCAAAGUGGUGCUAGAAGACCAGAAACCAGCUGACCGGCAUACUGUCCUCACCUGGGAACAGCGCAACACCAGCAUGUUACCUGAGGAUUUGAAGAGUUUUUAUCUCACAUCAAAUGGCUUUGAUCUCACCUGGUCGGUCAAGAUGGAAAAUGGCACAAUUCCAGUGGGCAAGAUGCACAUCAACCCAAUUCUUCAGCUGACCAGACUGGCUGGAGCCGAGGAGAAGACCUCGUACACCCAUCCUUCUCUAGCCGACCUUGACCCUGAAUCAGAAGAUGAGGAUAGCUCAGGUGUUGACAAACCGUCUCUGACCGAGUCGUGUCGGAUCUAUGAGCUGGAUCCCUGCAACGGUUACGGAAAGGUCUGUCUCGUUUACAGGGCUCCACGCAAAGGAUUCACAGAACCUGGUGUGGAGAUAUGGUUUUUAGACCGAGCGCUGCGGUGGCACUUUCUCACCCACUCAUUCCUCGCGUACUACCGCCUGAUGAUCAUGCAUCUCGGACUUCCAUUCUGGCAGUAUUCCUUCACCGACAUUGGACUUAGUCCUCAGUCAAAGCAGUGGUUCAACAUGUUUGCGCCGGUGCGGCUUGACGUCGAUAAGGAGAUUUUCUGCGACUCUCCCCACAGCCUGCUGACCGCUAGCUUGGUAACGAGCAGCCCACUGGACGUGAGCAAGGUGUUCCGAGGAAGAAGUGACAGGAAGAAAAAUGUUCAGACCCAAGGACAAGCGCAAAAUAUUAAAAAGAAAUUGCCAGCGACAUCAGCCAGGUCUCAAAGUUCUCUCAGCAGUAAACCAUCAUCUUCUCAUAGCUCGGUAAAAAACUUCAAGUGAGACAAACCAUCUUGGAGUUUGGUGAAAACCACUGUAAAGUGAGAUGAACUGCCUUCCACACUUAACUGAAAACUGUAAAGUGAGACAAACCACCUUCCUCACUUAAGUGUGAAAAUCCAAAAGUGAGACAAACCAUCUGAGCUCCAUGGAAAGUGCCAAAUGUGACAAGCCAAAGGUUACAUUGUGACACCCCUCACAAUUAGGCUUACAGUGUGACAAGUGAUUGGGAUUACUGUGUGAGAGUGACAAGUGAUUAGGAUAGCAGUGUGACAUAGUUAUUAGGACUACAAUUUGACAAGGGGUUAGGAUUACAGUGUGAAAAUGGAUUAGGAUGAGUGACAAGGGAUUAGAAUUAGUGUGACAAGAGAUUAGGAUGACAAUGACAUGGGAUUAAGAUUACAGUGUGAUAUAGUAACGUGAUUAGGAUUACAGUGUGACAAGGUAUUAGAAUUACCAUGACAAGUGAUUAGGAUUACAGUGUGACAUAGUGACCAUGGAUUAGGAUUACUGUGGUCUGAUAGGAUUCAUUGACAUAGUGACAAGUGAUUGGGAUUAUAGUGGAACAGUGACAAGGAUUAGGAUAGUGUGACAUGGUGACAAGGGAUUAGGAUUACAGUGUGCCAUAGUGACAAGGGAUUAGUGUCACAUGGUGACAAGUGAUUACAGUGUGACAAUGAUAAAAUAUUUGGAUUACAGUGUCACAAGUGAUUAGGCUACAUUGUGACGGAGACGAGGGAUGUUUGAAGAUGUGGUUUCAGAGACUGUGACAACUUUUGGCCAGGUGAACUGUGAUAUAAGACAGCUACUAGCAGAAGUGAAAAUUAUUGUGUUUACUUAAGUCAGUCACAGCACAAAUUGAUAACUAUCCUCCCACUCCAAACAUACAUUGUAUGAUACAUUCUUUCAAAUCCAAAAGUACUAAAUGAAAUCGAAAACAAAACACCAGCAAAUUGGGCUAUAAGAAUUCCACAAAGGGAUAAUGGCCAAAACCUUGCAAAAUUAAGAGUGCGAUGGAAGAUUCAGUUUUUACUUCUUUGAAUGAAACUGGGCGAGGCGACCUGAAGCAGCUUCAUCGAGACACGAUGCAGCAAGGAUUAUGAAUCGACCUCUGCCAUUAAGAAAAUGUCCACGGCACAAAAAACAUGCCAUUGAAAAAACCCUGAAUAUAGUCCAAGGCAAAAAAAGUUGUGUGGAGAAUUAGUAACUCCACGGCAGUGUGGGCAAUUGCAGGGGUUGUAAAUGUUUUCAUUUUACAACUCAGAACAAUAUGAAUAUGCUACACAAUUUUAGUGAUGACAUAAAAAUACAAUUUAAAAAAAAGUUUUGUUUCAGUUGCGUGUCAUCUCCUAUUCUAAUGACAGUGAAAAUGAUACACAUCACAAAUCGGCUACAACAAAUAAAUAUUCAGAUUGUAAAUGUGACAUAUUAUAUAAAACAUUGGUCAUUAGA